AAAAUAAUGCAACUCCGCGGAAGGUCAGUACCACUCCGCUAGCGCGUUGUGGAACGCAUCGUUCAUUAUUUUCCAUUCAUGAAUUAUCCGUUACAUACUGUAUAUUUUACAUGAGUUUAACCACCUUGCAAUGUUUGGAAAUGCGGGCUUUUAUUUUUGUGGUUCGCAUUACCAUGGAGAGGUGACAUUAUCGUUAGUGCUGCUAGCAAAAUAGUAGUGUACAGUAGUUGUCAGGGGAAUGGCGUGUUGUCCGUCUCAAAACAAACGCCACGAAGAUAUUUGUGGCAUAAAUGAGAAGUCGGACGCAUAUUUUUUUUGUUUUUCAAUGUAAAUAGAUGAUCACUGCGCCAAAAACCUUCGAAUGUAUAAAUCGCACACCUUUUGAUAUGGUUCUUUUCCCUCUAUUGUUGGAGGUGCGCAGCUCGGACUGUUGAAACCGCAACGUGAACCAGAGACGUUGGAUGCAGUCCUGGUCCAAAAGGUACUCAGAACAACAAACCAGUGAUAAGCUUAAGGUCCAUCAUCAUAUCAGGUCAAAUAUGAUUGAACCACAGGACUGCGACGACAGUGAUGAACAUGAUGAAGCCGUUCCAUUACCAACCCUACCCCCUAUGCCACGAGAGCGAGUCCCUUUGCAGAGGAGCAACGUGUGCUCCCGCUCUUACUUCAUGGUGGUAAUGGUCUUUUUCCAUGUAUACAUCAUCAAUGUCAUUGCGCUACUCCUCUACGUGCACUACAACAACAGCCCUGGAGAGGUCCUGGCCACCCCGAAGGCAAGCGGUGGAAGCAAUCAUCACAAGCCCCCCGAGUUCAAUCAGCAACAGUCAGAUUCUGGCUUUCAGCAGCAUAUGUACCUUCCACGCCUAGAGGGCAUACGGGUGGGCCAUGUCCAGAAGUUGUCACUGGUGCCAGGCAAUGUGCAUGAGAUGCGGACCCUGAGUCUGAAGCCCCUGCUGUUUGAGAUCCCAGGGUUCCUGUCUGAAGAGGAGUGUCGUGUGGUGGUGCAGCUGGCCCAGCUGAAGGGCCUGAUGGAGAGCCAGGUGAUGGUGCCUGAGGGACAGGAGGAGCUGACGGAGCAGCUCAACCUCAGCCCUGAGGAGAUCUUCAACCUGCUAGACCUCAACCAGGACGGACAGCUACAACUCCAGGAGAUAUUGACACAUUCACGAGUGAGGGAUGGGAUCUGGCUGACACCAGAGAAUCUGAAAGAGAUCUAUGCUGGACUGAAGGCUGACCCUGACGGUAACGGCUUGCUGAGCCUGGAGGAGUUCAGGCGUCUGGGCAGUGAUGCGUUCCAGCGUUUCUUGCAGCAGCGCGGAGUGAAGAGCAGCCAGCUGGUCAGGAACAGCAGACACACCUGGCUGUACCAGGGACAGGGGGCACACCAGGUUCUCCGAGACCUCAAGAAGAGGGUGGCCCGUCUGACCCGGAUGCCCUCUGCGUUGGUGGACCUGAGUGAGCCCCUCCAGGUGGUACGUUAUGAGCAGGGAGGCCACUACCACGCCCACCACGACAGCGGCCCUGUCUACCCUGAGACCGCCUGCACGCACACGCGCCUCGCUGCCAACACCUCCACACCCUUCGAGACCUCCUGCAGGUACAUCACCGUUCUCUUCUACCUGAACUCGGUUGUGGGGGGCCGGGAGACCGCGUUCCCUGUGGCAGACAACAGGACCUAUGAGGAAGUGUCUCUGAUCCAGAACAAUGUGGAUCUAAUGGACACGAGGAAGAACUGUGAUAGGAGCAACCUGAGGGUAAAGCCUACUAAAGGGACAGCCGUGUUCUGGUACAACUACCUUUCUGACGGACAAGGCUGGGUGGGGGAGCAGGAUGAGUACUCUCUGCACGGUGGCUGUGUGGUCACCCGCGGCACUAAGUGGGUGGCCAAUAACUGGAUCAACAUCGACCCAGACUACCAGCGCCAGGCUCGCUACCAGCAGCUGGUGUCACAGCAGGGGGAAGAGAAAGAGGGGGAGGGGGAGGACGAGAGGGAGGGGGAGCAGUCUCAGCGCCGCCCUGAACAACUGCAAACUGCUGACUCCCAUCAGGAACUGUAGCUGUACUGCUGUAGCCGAAACCGAAAAACAAUGACCUCCCCUUAGGUCCACUAAUUACACUAGUUCCAAUCUCAGAAGAGUUAUGGGUGGUCCAGACUUUGUAGUUAGUGGGCCUAGACCUCCCCCACCCCUCUUCUUCAGUCUAAAGCUACCACAAAGAUACCUCUCUACCCACCUCCCCAACCUAACUUGACUCUGCCAUGCUGUGCACAACCUCCCAUGACGACACAUCUGCGGCCAGUACAUAGAGAGAUAGUUGAUAUUCAGGGACUGUGGUAACUUUGGAUUUAUGCAACUGAGAAGGGGUCUAAUGUUGUUCAGAUGUUCUUGUUUGUUCACUAUUAGUUGUGUUUACUCAGCUGAAUUCAUGCAUACUUCCAAACUUUGUUUACGUUAUAUACUUAUGCACAAUUUUACCUUCUGUGUGUCACAAAACAUUAGUGUUAUAUUUUUUUGUGAGUGAGACUGACUCUCUGAUACACACAUUGCGGAGGGGGGGUUGGGGGUCGACUAUGCUACUACUUGCAUGCACGUACCUUCGUAUGAGCUGUUAGGUUAGACUUUAUACAUAUUAUUAGUGUGUCAUGAUAGCCAUAGUCUUUAUAGACUGUCAGCUGUAAUCCUCGUUUUCUUUUAGCUUGACGAUGUCUGUCAUCACCCAAAGACCCCCCCCCCCCCCCAUCCAUGUGAUGAAGCAUGUUAACUGUUAUUGAAGUGUUGCACAAAUUUACUUCAUUCUUUUAUUUGUUAGUUUGUUUAUUUAUUCAACAUUCUUUAUGUAUAUACAAUACCAGUCAAAAGUUUGGACACACCUACUCCUUCAAGGGUUUUUCUUUAUUUUGACUAUUUUUUACAUUGUAGAAUAAUA